AUGUCACCCUACGCUGCAUUUGGGGCACCCAUGCCUCCAUACAGCAGUGUUCCAGUGCCCGCUCUAUCGUACGUCGCUGCACUUCAGCAGGCAUUGCAAAACGCAGCCGCUGCAAAUGCUGCGUCGCUCUCCAACCUCACCUCGUUAGCGGUCGCGCAGCAAACCGAGCUGCAGAAUUCGGCGACGGCGCUUGGAUCCCCAGCAAAUAGUGUUCAACAUACGGGCAACCACAAUAGCAAUAACGGGAACAACAACAACAACAACAGCAGCAGUAACAACAACCUUAUAAACAGCAACAGUUUGAACAAUAACCAUUCUCAUCACGCGAGUCCCUACUCAAUCGAAGGCCUCCUGUACAAUAGUAAAGAUUUCAACCCACUUCCAGCUCGGAGAGACUCAUCUGACCAUGAGGACACCUCAGACAUCGACGACCCGGAUAGAUAUAACGGCGAUGCCGACUCGAAGCGACGACGUACCCGCACAAAUUUCAAUGGCUGGCAACUGGAAGAGCUUGAAAAAGCUUUCGAAGCCUCCCACUACCCGGACGUUUUCAUGAGGGAGGCGUUGGCGAUGCGUCUCGACCUAACCGAAUCUAGAGUUCAGGUAUGGUUCCAGAAUAGGAGAGCCAAGUGGAGGAAGAAAGAAAAUACGAAGAAGGGUCCUGGUCGGCCUGCGCACAAUGCUCACCCUCAGACCUGCUCGGGAGAUCCGAUUCCUCCUGAGGAGAUCGAGCGUCGUGAAAGAGACAAGAAAGAGAAGAAACUCCGCAAGCAACUCGAGAGACAGACAAAACGGCUCGAGCAAGCGCGCCUCAAGCCCGGCGUGAAUCUGACGUCGCUGCAGGAGGCGAUCCACCAGGCGUUACACGAGCUCUGGAGUCAUUCGCCUGUCAAAUCGGCUUCCGAACUCGUGGGGCAAGAAACGUUCGCGCUUCUCGAAUCGAUGGGCUUCAACGUCGCCGAGCUUCUUCUCAAAUUCCAAAUGGAGCCGAGCCCCGUUCUCACAUCUCCGACCAGCCACGACACGGGAAGCAACAGCUCGGUGGACGUCACCGCGAGCAUUCACCGUCUGGUGUCCCAACAGGGAUUGCACGGCCUGAAGCCCCGUCACGGUGUUGCGUCCUUCAGCAUCGAUAACCUGCUCUCCUCGGCGGCGGCUCUCGUUGCCCGGAAAUCUCCAGAACCCGAGGACAUGUCGGUGAAAAGACGACCUCACAGCGUUACACCUCCCCCCGCCGGACUCACUCCUCAAGCAUUGUUCAGUCUAGCGGCUAUCCAUAGAGGCGCCGUGGGCCUAACCGGAGUUCCUAAUCCCUUCGAGCUUCUGCGACGUGCUGCCAGCCAAUCCCCGCGCGAAUCCGAGCCCGAGGAAAUCACUGGAGAAGACGACGAGGAGAAGCUUAACGUCGUCGAUUGCAGUGAUUCCGAGGCGACGGGAGAUUACGAUUCGCAUCCGACGAGAAACGUCAUUGGGAAAAAACUGAAAAGCAAAACGAACAGCAUCAACAACAAUAACCUUCUAAGACACAAUCAUCAUCAUCAUCUCCUCAAUCGCCACGACUUGGACGAAGUCGAUGAUGAAGACGAUAUCGAAGACGAAGACGAUAUGGGAGAUGAUGACCAUGAGGUCGACGCUCUCGACCGCGGAAAUGAUCGUGUAGACAGAGGGAGCAAGCAGAAGUGA